CUUCAGCAAAUCGAACCAGUGCGCAUGCGUGGAACAUUCGAUCACUGUUGGUGUAGCUAACGGCUAGGCUACGGAUCCAGCCAACAUGGAGAGAAAAGUUCUGGCACUACAGGCGAGGAAGAAGAGGGCGAAAGCAAAGAAGACCAGCAAAAAACAGCCAGUCAAUCCCAGAGCUCGACAGCCAACCCAACUGGAGGCCUCACCGCAGGAACCUGAAGAACCUGAGGAGAUUCUUGGCUCUGAUGAUGAGGAACAGGAGGACCCCAAUGACUACUGCAAAGGUGGCUACCACCACGUGAAAGUAGGAGACCUUUACAACGGAAAAUAUCACGUGAUCCGGAAACUUGGCUGGGGACACUUCUCCACAGUGUGGCUUGCCUGGGACAUCCAGGUGAAGAGGUUUGUUGCAAUGAAGGUAGUGAAGAGUGCAGAGCACUACACAGAAACAGCAGUGGAUGAGAUCAAACUCCUCAGAUCUGUAAGAGAGUCAGACCCCGAUGAUCCCAAACGGGAGAUGGUGGUCCAGCUGCUAGAUGACUUCAAGAUCUCUGGGGUUAAUGGAACACAUGUCUGCAUGGUGUUUGAGGUGUUGGGCCAUCACUUAUUAAAGUGGAUAAUAAAGUCCAAUUACCAGGGGCUGCCCCUGCCGUGUGUGAAGAGCAUUGUAAGACAGGUACUCCAAGGCCUGGACUACCUGCACACAAAGUGUCAGAUCAUCCACACAGACAUCAAGCCAGAGAAUAUUCUGAUGAGUGUUGAUGAGCCUUACGUCCGCAAGCUUGCAGCUGAAGCCACAGAGUGGCAGAGGGCAGGGGCGCCUCCCCCCUCGGGUUCAGCAAUAAGCACAGCGCCUGCUCCCAAACAGACAGUAAAAAUGUCCAAGAACAAGAAGAAAAAGUUAAAAAAGAAGCAGAAGCGUCAGGCAGAGCUCCUGGAGAAGUGCAUCUUAGACCUGGAGGAGAUUGAAAAGACCACAGAGACUCGAGAGGAGGAAGAUGAUGAAGAUGAGGACCCACAGUCGCCAAAGGGACGGGCCUGUGCUCCUCUCAGACAGGUGUCUCUUCAGGAACUAGGAAAUGAGGAAAUAGAGGAGAGCUUGAGUGCAGAUUUCAUGAGGACGGGACCAGAAGCACUGUCAGAAGUAAACUGUAACGGCCACGUGGAGGUGGACAAGAAGCAGUCCCAAUGGAGGGACGAAGACCAACACAACGGCAACGCAGAACCCACAGAGAAAUGUGCCAGUCAGGAGGAGCAGCACAACGAGUCCACUGUCAACUCUGUCUGUAAUGGUGUAGACUCUGCAGAUCUCAAGGAGCUGGACACUGACACUGGUGGCAGGGGUGCUCACAUCAGUGGAAUCAGGGAGAGAUGUCUUUCUGCUGGUCUGGAGGAGGGAGAGCUGGAGAAAAGCAUUUUACUGGAGGAGGAAGACGACUGUCAAUAUACAACCGAGGAAGGACUGAGCAACGGUCAGUCAGCCAAAUUCAGCAAGCAAACAGCGGGAGCCCUGCUAGUUAACCCUCUUGAGCCACUCAAUGCAGACAAGAUCAAGGUCAAGAUUGCAGACUUGGGAAAUGCCUGCUGGGUGCACAAGCACUUUACAGAAGACAUCCAGACACGGCAGUACCGGUCCUUAGAGGUACUCAUUGGAUCUGGAUAUAGCACACCGGCCGACAUAUGGAGCACAGCCUGCAUGGCCUUUGAGCUUGCCACAGGGGACUACUUGUUUGAACCACAUUCUGGAGAAGAUUAUUCCAGGGAUGAAGACCAUCUUGCUCUCAUGAUUGAGUUGCUCGGUAAAAUCCCUCGUCACUAUGCGCUGAGUGGGAAAUACUCACAGGAAUACUUCAACAAGAGAGGUGAAUUGAAACACAUUACCAAGCUGAAGCCGUGGGGUCUGCUGGAGGUGCUGGUCGACAAGUACGAGUGGCCCCGCGAAGAAGCCGAGUGCUUCACCGACUUCCUGAUUCCCAUGCUAGAGCUGAUCCCAGAGAAAAGAGCAACGGCUGCCGAGUGCUUGCGGCAUCCCUGGCUCACCCUCUAGUGGAGAUCUCUAGCCAUUGCACCUCCCUUUCUUACCCCUUUUUUUUUUUUUCUCCAGAGACUGCAACAGGUCACUUUUCCAGUUUGGGCAUAUCAGAUGAAUAUUUAUUUCUCUUUUUGUUUGUUGUUUUGGAUUUCUUACGUUCUUCGUUUUUUGAACUAAUGCUUCUGUGUAUGUUUGUAUUUGUUGGUUCUUCUCUCGGUGUGCCGACGUCCAGGAAUCCAGUGGGUUAUAUUACUUUGUGCUCAUGUUGGCUCCAACUGCUGUGCUCCGUUCACCCACCCAAUUAAGCAAACCUGUUAUUGUACUGCUAGUGACUCAUCCUUGUUUGUUACACUCCUGCACUAAAAUACAAACAAAUCAAGGAUAUGUAGCUUUUAUUGGUAAUUUUUGUUCCCUUUAAAGGAACAUACUAUCACUUCUUUUCUCGUACAUUUUCAUUAGUGCUGUGUUGUUUUUUAAAAUGAGUUAUUUCAUCUUCUAUUACACAUGUAAGGUAUAUAUUUUGUAUUUGUAAAGUAGGCUAAGGAAGUUGCACACUGGGCUGACAUUUACACUGACUGUGGUAAUAGCAUUUCUGCAAAUAGAUCCUCUAGUUUAACAUCAACUGUCUGAUGAAGUAGGUCACAUUAUUUAGAUAUAUCAAAAAAAAAAAACAGUUAGUGUAGGUUAGUUACUUCUAACAGUGAACUUUCAUUCUCAUGGGAGGCUGGUUUUCUCAUACACCGAACACGAUUCAGGAAUAUAGUAUUUUAAAAGGUUUCAACAAGACAUGUUAAGGAGCCCAAUCGAAAGGAAAAAAGUGGAAAUAAACUGUAUAUAUCUGUACCAAAGAGUUUGCCUUUAUGUAAAUGACAGUUAUGUACAGUUUUUAACAAAUCUUAUAUCAUAGCUAAAACGAUUUAGCUGGGUAGCUGUGUUUUAAUAAAGUGUAUGGAAGAUGUGUUCGAGCUCAGUUGUAUGAAUGGCCAACUGUUCAAUAAUAUCACUGUUUUUAGAAAUGGGGAGAUCUGGUGUUCUGUCAUGGUGUCCAAAUUUGAUCAUAUCAAAGUAAACUAUCUUUAUCUGUUAAAGUUGAGCUGAACGGAAAAAAAAAAAAAACUAAAUUUACAUCAGUUUCAUGAGAUCUUAGCUUUUGUGUGAGCUGUUAAUUUACGAAACUGUACUACACACCAUACAAUAAAACAGAUGUUCAUACAAAA